CGCAAAGAAGACGGUGGACCAGUGCGUAACAACAUCAGUCGCAACACAGAGAGAUCUACAGUAAUGUGGCAGAAAUGAGUAGUAUUGUCCACCUCCUGGUGUCCCGCAGUGACUUCAGUCAUGGCCAUUUCAUGCUUGUCUUGUCCCGGCAGUCCCUGUUGCUCAGAGCACUCAGCUCCGGUCCCCAGAUCAGCCGCAGCCUGCAAGAGAGCUACAGGCUUCUGCAACUGCCUGACGAGGGACACAGCAGUCCUGUGCAGGUGAAAGAGGCUUACUUACGCCUAGCCAAGCUGUACCACCCAGACUCUGGGGCUCCGACUGCAGAUGCAGUGCUGUUUUCUCGGGUUGAGGAGGCCUACCGAGCUGUGCUUGCACAUCAGAGCAAGACCAAGCAACCUGAUCAAGGGAAGGAAAUGCAAGAUGAGGAGUCCAGAGGUACAGCACUUCCACACAGACACUACCUCAGCUACGAGGGUGUGGGUUCAGGCACACCCAGCCAGCGUGAGCGUCAGUACCGGCAGAUUCGUGUCGACCGGGCAACCGAACAGGUUUUGAACUACAGGCAGAGGGAGCAUGAGAGGGCAGCCGCUGCAGAUGGGGCACUGGUGGAAAGGGAUAUGCGCCACCGCAGUCGAAAGAUCAAGAUUACUCAGGCUGUGGAACGGCUUGUGGAGGACCUGAUCCAGGAGUCCAUGGCCCGAGGAGACUUCCGGAACCUGAGUGGAGCUGGAAAGCCCCUCAAUAAGUUUGAGCACAAUCCAUAUGCUGAUCCUAUGACCCACAACCUCAACCGCAUCCUCAUAGACAAUGGUUAUCAGCCACCCUGGGUUGUCACCCAACGUGAUAUCCGAGAGAACACUGCUCAGAUCAGAAAUAGGUUAUUGGAGGGCCGGGCUAGACUCGGUGACCCCAUGACCACUAAAGAGCACAGCCAAUGGGAGCAGCUGUGUAAAUCUGUAGAGGAGGACUUGGUCAAACUUAACAAAAUAGUGGACACUUACAACCUCAUCGUACCGAUGCUCAGCAUGCAAAUGGUUCACUUCAGUUUGUCACGAGAGAUUGAGCGCGCAGUGAAAGGAGCUCACCAGCACAGACUGGACCAGCAGAAAGAGCGAGAGAAGGAAAGAGAGAGGCGGAAGGAAGAGAAAAGACGAGCUAAUGCCGUAACAAAGCCUAAAAAUACCAAACCAGGCCUGAUGUCUUGGAUGAAGAAUUUGCUCCAAACUAAACACUAAAACUGAAUCGAAGUGAACAGAAAGAUAUCUGAGAUGAAUUUUUCACUUAAACCAAUCAUCAGUCCAUGGGGAAAUCAGACAGACUUGUUCACCCACUUAUUUCUAUACACUGAAUCAAAGUCAGAGACAAUGGUGCCACUUUACAAAUUUUGCUCUGUGUUACUACUGUUAUUGUCCAGAUAUGCAGGAUUGUCUUCAACUGUUAAUGGAAGUAUCGAGCCGUCAUGGUUGCAUGACCGUCAAGUGUGAGGAACUGCAUGUGUUGGUAACAAAGAUUACAACAUGAGGCAAUUUUAUCACACAAGUUGUUUCUGUGAAAUUACUAAUCAGACACUGUAACUUUUGGUUGCUAUGUGACAUUAAAAGUUAAGGUAAUUCAAAAUCUUGUGUGAAAGAGGUUUACACUUUUCAAUCUGGGGAAAUGUUUAAAUAGCCGAUUGCCUCAUUCUAGUCUGGCAGCUGCUCCAGUGUUGCAGGGUUGCAGAUGACGGUGGGCUCCUUGCUGCUGGCCCCGUUUCCUGCAGCCUCCCUGUGCAGAGCCUGAGCAACAGCCCUGGACGGAGUCAUCACCUUGGUCCAGUCGUGGGCGAUGUACUGGUGGUACGGAUCAUGAGAGCCUUCCAGCUUCUUGGAGCGAAUGUAGCUGAGCAUGAUGCCAAAUGUGAAGAAGCUGAACAUGCCGACCACCAGAAGGAUGUACAUCAUGCCCUGAGAUUGAGCCUGGGCCCUGGCUCCAGCCAGGUGAUGCACAGCCUCCUGGGAAGUGUAGUUGUGAGAUAUCGGUGGAGACAGUAUAUUUGUGCUGUUGAGGCAGUGCUGCAGGAAUGAGAGCAGGAGCGACUGCAGCUCCGUGGCGUUGAUGUGUGACAUGGCUGACCCCUGCUGGAUGCUCAGCAAACUGCAACUGAGGAGGAAGAGGAUACUGUAAGAAAAAGAUUAAACAUCAGAAAAAAAUAUACUGUGUUUAGCUAUUGUGUGUAGUGUGUUUAAUGUCUAAAUUUUUCCUCCUAACCUGCUUACUACUCUAAGUGGCAACAGACAAAUAAUAAAAGCAUGAUUUUGUAGUUGAAGUUUUUCCCUUGAUAUAAUAGCUGC